UACGUCUUUCUACGAGUCACAAGUAGUUGGAGUUGGAGUAGUGUAGGAACGCCGAGAGGAGUGUGAAGGUAGUAAUUGGAAUAGCGGCUGUUAUUUACUGUGUUACGUUGGCCGCAGAAGGUUAAGAGCGAGAAACAUUUCUCUUUUCAAGAUCUCAGCGGAGUGACAUAAAACGCACGACGACGAGAGAGAGAGAGAAGAAAGGAAGCAAGAGUGAAACUGUACGCGUAUUCCGGAGUAUACGUGCUAGUGCGACAAAUCUCGCGAGACGCGUGCAGUUGGCGUCGCGAGGUUGAAUCCUUCGAUCAAUUCAGGGACGGAAGUGCGCAGGAAUACGCUCGAGAACGAGGAGGCCAACGAGAGCAGCCUAGCAAACGGCCCAGUGGAUCAGCCAUUGGCGUAACGAUCGUCCACGGCCGUGAGGAAGACGAACAAACGUCUCUCGUGUCGGCCAUCUUUGCAAAGGGAAGUUGCCGUGUCGGGGAAGCGCGAGCUGAGCUCUACGUGCGUUCUCUGUGUGAGGAGAGGGAUCUGUGCGCACGCGAGAGAGCGAAAGAGAGAGAGGGAGCGAGAGCAAGCGAGAAAGCGUGUGUACGGAAAGGGGAAGAGGAGAGGCCGAGGGCGAGAAACGACGUUUGCUGCGUGCUAACGGUGGCUAACGGUCACCGGAUGUGGUCGAAUUUGCUAGGUACAUGCACUGGCAGGACCGCGAGAGCCGAAAAGCUCGAGGAGGCGAGGUAGCAUCACGCUAAACGGGGUUCCCGAGGUGUCUCGUUGUGCCGUGUCAGUUUCACCGCCGCUUCAUCGUCAUUGUCGUUGUCAUCCCCACCACUGCUCUGCCCUGGAUAUCCGUGAUUACUGCGCAGUUGGGAACAUCGCCGAGCACGUAGAACGCCGCGGUAGGAAGGGAUCGUCUCCGAGAGGCGGACAGCUUGCAAACAUUAUCGACCGAUGGGUCGGUGGUUGGUCUCGUGAAGAGGGAGAACGAGAGAAAGAAUCGUAGCAGAAGCUGACACGAGCAGUAAGAGGAGAGAGAAAGAAAGAUCCGAGCCAUGACGAACUCAGCGCCCAAGCUCGGCAACGCCAGAGUGGACCGGCAGGCGUCGCCAAAGGUCAGCUACCAGCAUCAGCACAAUCAUCAGCAGAAAAAUCACAAUCGCUCCAGCAGCAAAUCAUCGCCGUUCCAAUACAAGAACGGUCGCCACGCGAUUGCGGCAACGGGAAAGACUCCGAAAGACGGUCGGCAGAGCUGCAGCCCAUACAGCUCUUCGUCGAAGAGCGCGAGGAACUCGCCGCAGCAUCAACAGCAGCAGCAGCAGCAGCAACAACCACAACCACAACCACAACCACAGCUCCGCUCCGAGCACCAUCGCAGUCCGAGCAGCAGUCCGACCAACAACAGCUUCUACGCGGGCGCCAAGUUUUCAGAGACGCCGUCGCCCGCGAGUGUGCCUAAGCCCCCGAGUCGCUGGACGAACACGACUUGCGAGCUGAUGAGCAGCUGCCACCAAAUGAACAGAGAGUAUACAAAGCAGCUGCGCAUAGUGCUAAACGUCCAGACCUGAUACCCGAGGACCAACGCGUCCACCACCAUCGCUGCCGUUCGCGAUACCAUCAAACGACCGUCAGCAGCGCUCGGGGUAUCAGAUACCGCACGGUAUCGUCAUUGAUAAUAAUAGAAUUAUCGGUAGACGGGUGAAGAGGACAGCAAGAUAAUGAUGAUAGUGGCGAUUGGUGUUGCAUGGUACGGGCCGCGUAUCACGUGGGUUUUCGAUUUUAUCGCGCGAGUGAACGUCUAAUCCGUCGUUCUUUAUGCUAAGCCAUUGUACAUCCAGCGUAUAGAAGAGAGACUUUAAACCGUUGACUGCAUCUUAUACCCGUGACGACGGCGAAAACGAUGACGACAACGACGACGUCUUCGUACAUUGGCAUCGUCCCGAUCGAUGUGCACGCGAGAUACACAUACGUUAUAUACAUAUAUGCACAUAUACGCACAUGUAUACAUAUACGUAUAUGUGUAUAUAUGCAUAUAUUGCGUUUUCUGGAACUCUCCACCAUACACGCGCCAUCUCUGCGAGGUGUAAGUAAUACUGUAUUUUAGAUUAUCAUUAUACUACUAAAGACUUAUAAGUACAUGACGGAGAAGCGUAAGAAGAGCCCCUCAGAAGCGUAAUCCUAACGUACAUAUGUAUUAUAUCUACGUAACAUUCGGAGACGCGCGAGAGAAAAAGCUAAAUGGGACAUUCUCAGUUUGGUGAGACGAUAAGCGCGAGUUUGCGAGCUGUCUUAUUUCGCGUGACUUUUCGAAUGUGCUUCAAUGUCGAUGUGUCGAGGAAAAAACAUAAAAGAGCAUAUCUGCGAUUAUUUUUCGCAAUUUGGCUUUUGCCAGAAAGAAAAGAAGGAAGCAACUUUUGUUGCGGGCCCGCGUCGGAGACGCCGCUGGUGUUCCCCGUACGCGUUUUUACCUCGUCGAGCUUCGCUCGCGGACAACAGCGACGUCAGAGGCGUCGCGACGUGUGCAAUUUCGCCGCUUCGUUGCCGCGCGGAGCGCGCUGGACGAACAACUCGCUCGUUUAACGACUGCCCGACUAAUGAUCGUUAUCAGUAUGCUUCUUCAUUGACUGAAUUUCUCUCGCGGACUUGAUCAUUUUCGUGAGUCAACGGAGACACGCACGCGUGCACGUAGUUUCAUUUCAAGCAGUUCUUUUUAGUUUUCGUUUCUUUUUCUUUUUUUUCAUUUUUUUCUUCUCUUCUUUUUUUUUCUUUUUUGUUGUUGAAAAUACUUUUAUUUUAUACUGCGUUAUCCGCGGACUAUAGGUAUAUAGAACAUGUAUAAUUUUGAGUUUGUCUGAAUGUGCGGUAGAAUAAAGGGUUGGCAGUUAAUCGACGUAUAUGACGCCGACGUGGGGUAACAUGAAGGGAUCGAGGUAUAUACAGAAAGAGAAUGUGAAUGACAGAUGCGUAGUUGUCGAAUGAACGCUUCAGUUACGUGACUGUUUCGUACGGAUGUAUUAUGAUAAUAAUCGUUAUGACAUUGCGAGACGAAUCCAUACUUUGACCACAUUUCUCGUGCCUGACUUGGCAUGUUUCAACUAUUCAACAACGUUCAAAUGACUGACGAUGAAUUGCACGUGACGUAAAUCUGAUGGUUUAUUUUUACGACUGCAAGUAAGAGAGAGAGAGACAAAAGAGAAUAUUGCUCUGGCAGGACCGUUGCAAAACGAUGAUGAUGCCGCAAGCAACAUCUCUUAUGAUCGACGAAUUACGGACUCAAUCUACACUUAUUAAGGAGCUUCGCGGACCUCUUGUUUCGCCAUUACAUUUAGAAAGAAUCGAAAUACCGAAUCCAUCCGAUGCUUUAUUUAAACAUACAGACACGGGGACGGGAGAAGCGUCGCGAUUAUUCAACACGACUAUCCACAGUCUUAGUUAAUUAACAUCAGAUUAACUGAUCGUCUUUUAAAUGAUGACCGUAUCUAUAAUGGAGAAGCAGGACUCGGCAACUAUGUCAGUUAAACUAAAGAGCGUCCCUGACAGAAAGUCCAUAAGUAAAUCAAGAACAACGGUUAACGGUGACCGACGUCACAGCGCGAAGGAUUCAACCCGUCCUCGAAGAGUUGGUUCUCUUCGUGUCGCGAGUCCGGAAAGAUUUUCGGUGUUCUUUUUUUUUCGUGCUAGCACAGGUCUAAGAGAUGAUAAGGUUUUUCGUUGUUCGCGAUGACACUUCACGGGCGCUGUUGUCAUAUCAAACUCGCACCACUUCUGUCCACACGUUGGGCAGAGCAAAUGGAUUUAAUCUACGAUAUUAUAUGAUAAUGUUAACGAUAACAUUUAAGGAUAAUGCUAACGAUGAUAGUAAUAAGAUAAGGCCUUACACGAUAUACACAGCAGCGUGGAGAAUACGAUCGAUUUGACAUCGUGCGUCAAAUCGGUGACGGGUUUUCCGUCGGUGUAGACUUUUAAAAGAUUCACGUUAUAUCUUCUUUAUUUUUCUUCUUUUUCUUCCUUUGCUUUGUCGCAAGCAAGAUCGUUUCAAGCCACAGACUAAGCAAAAUUAUUUGAUGUAGCGUUUUAAUUAGUGUUAUACUUUUUUUUUCCUUUUAACUUUCCGGAUAAGUUGCAAUAAUUUUCUUUCAACUGUAUAUAUAUGUCUCCUUACGUCAAUUCUUUCUUGAUAAGUGACUAGUCUUAGGAUGAGCUCGCGAGAUAACGCGAGAGAGUGGAAUGCGCGAUUGGGGAUACGAACUCGCAUCCUGCUGGAUAGGAGAAACGAUAUAUCAAAAUACGCGCAGUUUUCUCAAUUUUUCGAUUUCGCUCGCUCUAUAUUUCUAGUUUUGUAAGACGUUUCUUCGAGACGGUGUCUAUGUAACAGCCAACAACAGCGGUCGCGCGGUUAGGAGAUGACAAUCGAUCGAUCUGUUGAUCGAUUUAUUGAUUCGUAACGACCGAGAUUAUUGGUGGGGCAUACAGAUGAGAGAUGAAUGAACAACGCUCGUCGAACGUAGAGCUCUCGCAUUCGCGCGCGACUUCUUCCUUCUCGCUGUCGAGCGCCGUGCGCUUGGUAGCUUCAAGAGAAAAUCGAUGUCCCUCCACGACGUAAACGCGAGGAGAAAGUUUGAGAGUCGGUUUUCUUUUUCGCCGUCGCGAUUCGAUUCGAUUCGAUUCGAUUCGAUUCGCGAGCGCAAGGAUCGCGCCGGUUCGAGCAUACAUUUUUACGCGUUCGUAGUAUCGCAUACUUUCUCGAUAUUUCAAUUGGCACAUUAAAUGAGUAAGACAACAAAUCUAGGUGAAAUAUGUCUUUACAUGUGUCGAGGGCACAUUCGUCCAGCUGUUUCAAUCGUUCGUGUAAUUUAUUGGUACCGCGCGAUGUAUAUCAUUCUGUGAAGAAAUACUAACGCGUUUACGUGCAAGGAUCAAUGAUAAAGGGAUCGUGUCGCGCUAGAAUUUAAUCACCGGUGGUACAAGGAGCUAAAAGAAAUUCCAGAAAUUGUUUUGCAUUGUGUAAUUUGUUUAUUCCUUCUUGUAUCGCGAUAUACAUUGCAUGAAAAAAAUAUUUGGUACAGUUUUCUGGAAAAAAAUUUCAGUUUAUCGCAAUCAGAAAUGCCCUGUAAAUUCACGCUUAAUUUUUAAUCAUUUGCACUCUAUACGCAACAAUGUGUAUACUAACGUGCGUGAUUUUAAAUUUCUUAAAUACGUCGAUAAAUCCGUGUAUUUCUUUUAAUAUAAAAUAUGUGCAAUUCUUUUUUAUGUUAAUUAUCGCUUCUCCACGGAUCAAUGUGCUUCUUAUAGGCAACGAUGAUUAACGCAACAGGCUGGUUCCAUUUGUAAAUGUCCAAUAUUCCAGAACAUCGUGGAUCACAAGCGACCUUCAUCUUCUUCAAGAGUCGUCGAGUUCAGUUUAUCAUGACGAGUCUUUCGAACGAACGGCAAAGUUGACGUGCGAUUAAAAUGCAGAUCAAGCUUCCGAUCUUGACGACACGCGCGGGUUUCGAGACGGGUGAAUCGUCAAGGUUUCAGAAUGUGAUCGUAAUCCUUAAACGAGAAGGAAAUGAAUUAGAGUCACUGCCGUCCGGUGAGAAAAAGAGAGAGUGAAUGAACGAGUGAAUAAAUGAAUGAACGAGAGACAAAGACGGAAAAAUAAGCCAAACGAGACACAUGUAUCGCGAUUCCGGAAGAAACAAUGUGUAAAUAACAUUCGUCGUAUAAAACCAUAUAAUCUCGAUCGAACUCGAUCGACAAUUCGCGAUCUCGACUGCGGGAAUGAAUUUCGUCGCUUGUAAGACACACGGGCGUGAUCGAUCCUCGUUUCUGAUAGAAACCCUUUUAAUCAGAAUCGUGAAAUAACGUUCCCGAUCUUGAUUGGUGCCAAUCUAAUCUAAUAGAUAUAGUGUAUAGUACAACUAUAUAUGACCACUAUGAUUGUGUCUGUACGUGAAAAUAUAGUCAUUAGUAUUGUAAAUCAUAAACACUGGUUCUACGCUAAAGUGCAAUAAUUCUGUUAAAAAAGAUUACGUUAUAUAUAUAUAUAUGUAUAUGUAUAUGUAUAUGUAUAUACACGAAAAUAUUUCUCUAUGACGAAGAACGAAGAAUAAAAUGGGCAGCAAAUGUAGAAUUAAAAAAUUGGAAGCAAACUAAUACUUUGUAUCUCUGGGAGAUUAUCUUUUGAUAUCAAGUCUUGCCUAACGUUUUUAAUAAUAUAAUUAUUUAAAUAUAUAUUUUAUUUAUUUAUUAUCUCGUAUAGGUUCAUUUCGAACCGACAAAUUUUUUGGAAAAAGAACUACGGUUGAUGGUCGGAAACUAAAAUAGUACAGUACCAACAAUUUUUGGAUUUCCUGUUAUGACCAUUUUAGCAAAAACAUGGUGUUACCGAUCUUACCUUGAUGUUAUUUCGCGAUCGAUUAAAGGAUCUCUAGUUUCUGAUCGUUCGCGGAUGUUCGCGUAGAAACAUAGGAUACAUCUCGGAAGCUGCGAUGGGUGCCAGGUUCGAUUUUUGUGGCGUGAACGUACAAUCGGCGAAAAGAAUGUAAGCGAGAAUGCAUAAACGAAUAAGAAUAUGGAUGAGAAAAGAGAAGAAAGAAGUCGCGAGCAUGGACAGAGAAUUAAUCGUUUGGCGAUACGUAAAGGGGAGGGGGGGGGAAGGAUUCCUUGAGAAAUUAGCUGUGAUGAUUCGAUAGAUACUAUUAGCUUUUAAUUAAAUGAUAAAAUUAAUCGGUAUAAUAUAUACAUGUAUAUAUGUAUGUAUCUUACAUAUAUAUAUAUAUAUAUAUGUAUAUCUAUACACGCGGUACAUGUAUUAUAUAUAUGAUAAAUUAUAUAGAAAGAACACACGCAAAGUAACUUAAAUAUGAUAAGUAAUGUAAAAUAGUAAUGUUAUUAGUUGAGUAAACAGAUUUGCGAUACAUGAUAAAGAAGCGAACAGAGGUAGGGAAGGGAGGGAAGUGAGGAAGAAGAGAUGCGAGCCUGCAUUAUCUUCUUCUCUCUCUUUCACUUUCUCCCUUUCUCUUUCGUUCUCUAAAUCUCGGUGUCCCACGUGAGAUACGCAACGCAUCCGUAUUCUUCACGCUUUAAUUAUUAACGAACAUAAAUUUCUGACGGUUCGAUAGUAUUAUUAUCUGACAGACCGACAUGCGCGUGAGUGCGCUCGGAGGGUUUCGGAGGGCAAAGGCAUUUGCAAAGGAUGAUAGAGGAAAAUGAGAAUAGGUAACAAAAAAAGAAAAAAAAAAAACAGAAAAAAGAGGAAAUGCGCGACAGUGAGUGACAAUCCGAGCGCGUCUGUCUUCGCGGCUUUAAGAAACGCGUCCGUCGUAAUCGUGACUAAUAAGACAGAUACACACAAACGUAGCUGAUAAUAAUCGUAGUUCGUAGCUGUAACAUGUGCCGACGUACGUACGGUUGGGUCAUCCGAAGGAAUCGAUGCGGAUUUACAAGGCAGAUCGAAGGAUUGAGUGAGCGAAUGAACGACUCAGUGAUCGCCAUCUCCAGUGAGGAGAGAAUGUGCAUUUUCAUGAGAGGUGAAGGACUUGGACGUGUACAGUUGAUUAAUGUGUAUCAGGCUGAUCUCGUUUCUGCGGAAGAGAAACACAGGGAGACCGACCGAGUGAUCAUUGUGCGAUCCCCAAGUAUUAUAACAAUGCCCGGAAGGGCGGCAGGCGCGGUGGCGCUCGCGAAGAGAAGGUCGUGAUCUCCCUGGAGGAAGAGAAAGACCGACCAACGAGAUGCGGGACCCACAUUUAUCGGUCACCAUUUCAAUUGUGAUAUUGUAACGUACAAAAUCGCAAUGUAGACUUGAACUUAAAGCGGGCGGGAUUUCUUGGAGAAUCGAUGAACGGGAAACAGUGGAUUCGAUCCUCGAGGCGACCGUCCCAAUAAAUUCCGCAGUCCGUUGAUUUCUCGCGUUUACACAUGCGUCCGAAAACCGCGGAAAUCUCGAAGAGGCCGAUUAUCGUGCGUCGUCCGAAUAUCCCGUCGAAGCUUUUGAUAAUUCCGUGAGACUUCUUUCGUUUGCAGCCGCGGCGCUGUUUGCUCUCGCGAAAACAGGAUUUCUUCUUUCCGUAUCUGGGUCGCCUCGUUCAAUCGCGAUGAAUUUCCUGACGAAUCUACAACUUCUCGUAGUAACGAUGUCGUACUGUAGGAUGAUAAAGGGAGGAACUGUUUUUACAAAAUAUUUAUAAAGUCGGUAUUAUGUCGCCUAAACGGUUUCAAUUUGAUUUGCAUUUAAGUAUAAGUAAAUAUCUUAAUUCCUAGGGAGAGGAGAAGUCCCAAUAAUUCGUUUUUUAAUUACCAGUCAAAUACCGGAGAUUUUAUUCUUUGAGAAUACGAGAUUUCGAUUUCGAUUUCGAUUUCGAUUUGUUUUACAGGAAAUUGUCUUAUCGCGUGGCACGUAUUCGGUUUUCAGAGAGGUGGAACAUAUGUACGAUUUGUGUACGUAUAUCAUCUUUGCGGUUUUUCGUAGUGAGGAGGAAGCUAUUAAAAUUUCAAGGAUUCAGUUGCAAAAUUCUCCAAGGCUUUUUUACUAAUUUAUUACACAAGUUCUUUAAAAAGACGAUUCAAUACAGAACCAAUUAUUUUAGUUUAAAAAAUUAGAUUUUAUCUUUUUUUGAGGAAUUCUUGUUUUCUGAACGAAUAGGAACGUUAAGAAAGAAUUAAUUCUCGAUAAACAUUCGUAAUUAGACAAAAGUCAAAUGCGCAUACAUUUUUUAACAAAUAAUAGCGUUUUUGCACAGGAGGAAUUAUUACUUUUUAACAUAUCUUAUUUUUCUUCUCUUUUUAUAUUUACCGAAGUAAUAUAACAUGCAUUUUUAAGAGAAAUUUUGCAGAUAGAGGAGCAAACGAUUUCGAUACUUUUUCACGCGCCGCAAAGAUUUAAUACAAUCCUUUUUAUCACUUAUCUUGCGAAUUAUCGACGAAAUAACGAAAAACGAUUUUUAUGGAAGCAAAUGGUUUGUUAAAGCGACAGCAUGUUGUUGAUUAUCGUAAUCGACUUGACGUUUGACGUAACUUUUUCUCUAUAAAUUUCUUUUGAGACUACUUUCCUUACACAGAAUUGAGAGGAAUUCCGAAUUUCGCGAAUUGUCGAAUAGAGUAACGCAGGCUUUCAAAUACAUAAAGCGAAGACGUUGAAGCUCAUCGAGAAAGACAAAAAUCAGAAUGUACUCUGAAUGAUUGUCAAGCUCGCUCGCAACUUAGACUUUCCCUCGUCAAUGAAAGGGGAAAAGGUCGAUGGUGAGGAUUAUACUCGCCAAAGAUCUUCGGAAAAUUCGCAUUAUCGCUCUCGUCUCAUCAUACCGAGCGUUUGAUAGUAACAUAGGGACACAAACGAACACACAACCACACGAAACACUAUGUCGAUUAAUUAAAUAAGCCUUAAAUUUAGAAUUAAGUUGGCAGAGGUUUGAUAGAGCGAAACGAAAUGGUAUGAAGGAGAGAGGAAAAGAGAGAGAAAGGAAGAUAGGUAUAAUUAUUAUAUUAUAAUAAUUAUAAUUAUAUCUAUCUCGUGUGUAUAAUUGUUAAUCGAGAAGCGCUCACGGUCCCAUGUGUUUCACAAAGGAUCCCGCGACUUUAAAAAGAAGAAAAAACUGUGCGCGUAUCCCUCCCUGAUGAUAUUAAUUUAAACGAUUGUUAAAUUGUUGUUUAACUCAUCGUACAUUCCUUCGGCUUUUAUUUUCUUCUCUCCGUGAGUUUUUAAUCGGUUCGAUGCUAAAUUUUGCCUCGUGCUGCCCUCUCUUUUCGUAUCGCUCAUAUACUCUUGCCCGACAUUUAUAAGCCCUCUCGUCUUCGUUUUAUCUUUAAUUAAUUUUUAAGAAUCUUUUUUAAUCGUUAUUAAGAAAACUCUGAGGCACGCAGUUCGAUCUCGAUCGUCUUGCGGGCAUUCACGCGAGUAUGAUUGCCGGGAUUGCGUAAGUACGUGGCGCGGCACGACAUUCUGCAUUCGUAUUUAGGAAUCGUAUCAAUCUCCAGCCGACCAAGUGUCGCAACUACACACGCAAGAGAGAACGACUGGAAAAUACAGUGGAAAUGUGAUUCUCAGAUAUAAGAGAAUAUAGAUUAUAUAUUGCGACAUAUUUCUGCUGUAUUUGCGCUUUUAAUCCUUCCAAUACGCCUGUGGCAUCCCGAGCGGAAUCAGGCUUACUUAUGAGCGAUCGAUCCUAUUCAUUUGAGAACAUCGCGGAAGCGCGUCUCUCUCUCUCUCUCUCUCUUGCAUGUAUCAAGAAUAAUAUAUAAUAUAUUAUCUUAUAUGACAUAACAACAUUCAUUCUCUCUCCCUCGUGCAUCGCUAUCACGACAAUGAUACUUUCGUAAAAAUGCAAUUAAUGCGUUUUGCUACAAAACCACGCCGCGUACUCGCGCGCCUCAUCAAACCCGAUGAACGUUCAAUUAAAAAAAAAAA